UCAUCAUCAUCAUCAUCAUCAUCAUCAACACCCCGAGCAGAGGAAAUGUCCGACGCGGCAGAGGAGCUGGCCAGCAAGCCCUUCGCGGCCCAGCUGUCCAACGUCUACCUCAGCAUCUUGGCGCUCUUCUGCUUCAAGCUCUUCGUCAAGAUCUCCCUCAACCUGCUCACCUACUUCUACAUCGUGCGCGGCAACCGCAAGGAGGCGGCCAGGAUCUCCGCCGAGUUCUACGACCACGCUCAGGCGCGCGGGUCCUGGGCAGACCGCUCUCCGCUUCAUGACGCCGCCAGUCAGGGUCGCCUGCUGGCCCUGAAAACGCUCAUUUUACAGGGUCACAAUGUGAACGCCCAGACCAUCGACCACGUGACCCCUCUUCACGAAGCCUGCCUGGGCGACCACGUGGCGUGUGCCAGAGCCCUCAUCGACGCCGGCGCCAGCGUCAACGCCGCCACGGUCGACGGCGCCACCCCGCUGUUCAACGCCUGCGCGGUGGGCAGCGUGGCGUGCACCGAAAUCCUUUUAGAAAACGGCGCCAAGGCUCAAAGCUUCGUGCAGCGCCCGUCCGCCAUCCACGAGGCCACCAGCAGAGGUCAUGACGGCUGCGUGGAGGUUCUGCUGACAUGGGGUGCGGACGUGGACCUGGACAUCCCCCAGCUGGGCACGGCGCUCUACACCGCCUGCGUGUGCCAGGAGCUGCAGUGUGCCAGGAAGCUUCUCAGGGAAGGUGCCGACGUCCAAAAGGGCAAGUCCUCGGACUCGCCGCUCCACGCGGCGGCAGAGAAGGACUGCACGGCGGCGGCGAAGCUGCUGCUGGACUUUGGCGCCGACAUUAACGCCAGGAACACUUUGUGCCAGAGGCCGGUGGACGUGGCCCCGCCCAGCAGUCUAACAGAGAGCUUCCUGCUCCUCUAUGAAGCCACGCCGCGACUGCUGAGUCAGCUGUGUCGUCAGUGCAUCCGGAAGCGUGUCGGCCGGGACCGACUUCACCUCCUGUGCCACCUGCCCCUGCCUGGUCGCAUCCGGGGCUUCCUGCGGUACCAGUGACGUCAUCCCAAGUCCAUUUGUUGCUGCAUCGUUUGAGUGUAUUCACAAAUAUUUGCCAAAGACAAUAAUGAUCGUUUUACUAAAACACACUUUGUUUAGUUUUUGUUGUUGUUCAUGUUGGAUGUUGUUGAAAUGAAAAAAAUAAA